UUGACGUUUGGUGCUGUAUAAUAUUAUCUCUUUUGUCUGUGGUUGUAUGAUAUUAGACACUAGAGCUAGUGUCUUCUCGGAUUGUUUACUUCUCGUCUAGUUGUUGUUUACUAUUAUCUACGAUAAUGAUUUUCAUCGCAGUAAUUGAUUAAGUCCUUCGAUUCAGCAACGGUGCUCGUGUUGCAAUAAUAUACCAUCUAACUUUUAAACAAUUUAAUAAAAUAUGGCAAAGCGCAAAACUGAUAAUUCUUACCAAUGUGAUUCAAAACGAUUCUCAGUACCUUUGCCUGAUUUUUCUGUGCCACCGCCCGGUUUCAAUUCAGCACCUUUUACUUCACAAAAUUUUCAAUCGAAUUGGUUCAGUGGUCCAGCACAGCAGCAGCAGCAGGCCUCGUAUGGAUUUUACAAUUACAAUGCCGCCGAAACAUCUAAUUUUGCUAAUGCUUCCGCAUUUUUUUGGACCCCGAACAAACCUAGAAAUUUUCAAAAUGCUCAACAAACUCGACCAUCAGUGAUACCGAAUCUUAAGCUUAGAGGUCGCGGAAGAGGCCGCGCACCAGGACGAGGAAAUGAUUCUUAUAUUAAUAAGUCACCAAGAAGUUCAAAUUCAAGUGGUGGAGCACCGCAAUGGUUUCCAAAUAGCAUGAACAAUUCAAAUUCUCGUUUCUCCAAUACUUACUCUAAUGAUAAUGAUAGAAUUUCUGAAUCUGGCAGUAUAAAUGAUGAAAAAAAUGAAAGUAAGAAGACUAUUGUUAACAAGAAAGGUAAACGCAAGUCAAUGUCUCAAAAAUAUUCAUCGAAGCCUUGGGAUUUAGAAUCUGCUGAAAAAGCAGUUGCUGUAGAAUUAGAAUAUAAUAGACUACAGAAUACACAAUCCUUAAUUCUAAAAUUUCCUGAUGCCGAGUUAAAUAAAGAAAUAGUUAAGAAUUUCAAUAGCAACAUUGAACAUGUGCAUUUUCAACAACCAUCAACACCCAGAUAUUGUUUUGUACAACUUUGUGAAGGUGCUGAUGUUGAUUCUGUUCAAAAUCAAUUGCGAGAAGUAACCUUUGGUGGUGGGAAAAUAACAGUAGAAAAAAAAAUUAAUCAGAAAUCAAAAGAGCUUGCUCCUGAAAAAAUUGAUCCAUAUACAUUGUAUGUUGGAAAUCUACCUACAAAUAUUACUGCAGAAACUGUAAAAGCAAUAUAUCCCACAGCAUUUCGAGUAGACAUAGGUUAUGCUCAAAAGAUGAAAUACACAAGAUAUGCUUUCAUAAGUUACCAAUCUGCAGAAGCAGCUAUUAAAGCAUUUAAGGAUACUCAUAGUCUUAGCUUGGAAUCUCGAUCCAUAAUAGUAAGAUUUAGAAGACACAAGGGAGCUGUUGGAUUACCAGGCCAAAGCAAGACACCUGGGCACUUAAGUGAAGAAGCUGUGUCUAAAAGUGCAGGAAACACCAAACAACAAUCUAAGAAGUCUUCGCUUAGUAUGACAGAUGAUGGAGACAUUGGUGGUAGUGAUUUACAUGAUGGACCAAUGGAGAUUGAUGAAGACGAUUAUGACAUUCCUUAUCAUGAUGAUUUAGAUGAGCAUUACAAUUCUGACUUUGAUGAUUCCUUAUUUGAUAAUUUAAGAUCAAGUAGCAAAGAAUGCAAACGUUCUAAUAAGGAUGAGAUUUCAACUAGCAGAAAUUCAAGUACAUAUAGAGAAAGCUUGUCAAAAACGAAUAAAUCCCAACAACUCAGAGAAAAUACAUCAAGCAUGAGUGCUUCCGAUAUUUUGAAGUCAAAAGAGAAUGAGGAAAUUUCAGCAAAUGAUGCAGCAAAAAAAAAUGUUGAGCAACAAAUUGAAGAACUUAUUCCAAAUGUUAUCACGCAGCUAUUAAAAUCUAGCGAAAUAAAACAAGAACCACUAGAGAAGGAUAACAUGGAACAAUUGCUUCAAAAUCAAUUUCCAGAUUUGCAAAUCACAUAA